GGCUGCGGCGGGAGGUGUUGACCACUCAUCCCAGCAUGGAGAGCCCCGGCCCCCGUGCGCGGUGCCCGGUGCUAGAGCAGCGAGCACGUUGGGAGCGGAAACGUGCCUGUACCGCCCGGGAGCUGCUGGAGACCGAGCGGCGCUACCAGGAACAGCUGGGGCUAGUGGCCACGUACUUCUUGGGGAUCCUGAAGGCCAAGGGGACUCUGCGACCACCAGAGCGCCAGGCCCUGUUUGGGUCGUGGGAGCUCAUCUACGGCGCCAGCCUAGAGCUGCUUCCUUUCCUGGAAGGAGGGUACUGGGGACAGGGGCUGGAGGGUUUCUGCCCCCAUCUGGAGCUCUACACCCUGUUUGCUGCCAAUGCAGAGAGAUCCCGGACCACCCUACAGGAGCAGCUAAAGAAAAACAAACGUUUCCGGAGGUUUGUGAGGCUUCAGGAAGGCCGCCCUGAGUUUGGGGGCCUUCAGCUCCAGGACUUGCUCCCUCUGCCUCUGCAGCGGCUCCAGCAGUAUGAGAACCUUGUUGUGGCUUUGGCUGAAAACACAGCUCCCAACAGCCCUGACUACCAACAGCUCACACGGGCUGCUCGGCUGAUAAGUGAAACUGCCCAGAGAGUCUAUGCCAUUGGUCAGAAACAGAAGAACGACCAGCACCUCCAGCGUGUCCAGGCUUUGCUCAGUGGACGCCGGGCAAAGGGGCUUACCUCAGGGCGUUGGUUCCUCCGCCAGGGCUGGCUCUUGGUGGUGCCUCCGCGAGGGGAGCCUCGGCCCCGCAUGUUCUUCCUCUUCUCUGAUGUGCUACUCAUGACCAAGCCUCGGCCCCCAUUGCACCUGCUGCAGAGUGGCACCUUUGCCUGCAAGGCCCUCUACCCCAUGAUGCAGUGUCAGCUCCGCAGGGUCUUUGGCCACUCAGGAGGCCCUUGUGGUGGACUGCUCAGCCUGUCCUUCCCCCAUGAGAAGCUAUUGCUUAUGUCCACAGACCAAGAGGAACUGUCACGCUGGUACCACAGUCUGACUGUGGCUAUCAGCAGCCAGAAGAACUAAAGAAAUCUACACAUUCCAGAACUCAAGAUUCUUCAGGGAUAGGUCAGAGCCAGAAGUACAAAGGAAUCCUCUAAACAAAACACAGAACCCUUCAUGGGACAUUGUGUAUUUGCCUAGGAUCAAACUAUGACAGGUCAUUUGACCAGCUCUUCAGAAUCAGGAAACUGAGUCUGACCCAAUUACACUUCGGCUGAACCAGCCCCUAACACACAUGAAGGGAUCUGGGAUUGAUAAGCCCUUUGGCCAGUCAUUUAUCAAGGUUGCAGCUUUAUAAUCGUGGCUAUUUUGUGUUAUGUAUAGUUUUUAUAAUU